AGAAAGGAAAUACACAGUCUGGAAAACUAAAAUAUCAAAUAUCCUGCCAACAUAAGCGUUAUAAAAAAAUUCCAAAUGGCUGUCAAACAUGCAAAGUAAUAGAUGUUGGCAAUGUUUGACUGAAAUUAUUUCGUAGCUUGUUUGCUGUUACGACCGGCAAUUUCAUUGAAAUUGACCAUUACAAAAUCAAAAAUUGAACGUCGAGACUUUAAGUAAUGCAUACAUCCAAUGAAAUGCUGGCAACCCCACGAGACUCGCACACCCUCACGCUGACUCGUUCGCACAUUUAUUUUUUCGAACACGUUAGAAAGGGAGAGCGUGUAGGCCAUGAAAGUUGAAACUUCAUUUUAAGUUUUUUGUUCCCAGAAAAAAUUGUACUAGACAAGAAAGAAAAAAAGGGAAGUUAGUGAAAGAAUAUUUUAAUUGCGAAAAAAUAACCAAUUCCAGUUUAAAAGCCACCAAAUUAAAGACUUAAGUGUAAUAUAUUUUUAGUGCGUUUAUCAAGGUAAUUCACCCCCAAGUAAGAGAAUAAAAGGAAAUAAAAUGACGUGGGAACCGCAAGCCGAAGGUUUACAACAAAUAAUUACAAUCCUCAAGCAGUCUCAGUCGCCGGAUACCGCCACUCAAAUGGCUGUUCAACUGAAACUAGAGGAAUUGAAUCAAUAUCCCGAUUUUAAUAAUUACCUGAUUUAUGUACUGACGAAACUAAAAACUGAGGAUGAGCCAACACGUUCUCUAAGUGGUCUAAUUUUGAAAAAUAACAUCCGGAUUCAUGGAAAUAAUUUACAGCCAGAGAUUAUCGAAUAUAUCAAGCAUGAAUGUUUGCAAGCUAUCGGAGAUCCUUCGCCUCUAAUAAGAGCUACUGUUGGUAUAUUGAUCACUACUAUCGCCAGCAAUGGCGGUUUACAAAAUUGGCCCCAAUUACUUCCCUCUUUGUGCGACAUGUUGGACUCGCAGGACUAUAAUGUAUGUGAAGGUUCGUUCAGUGCUUUACAAAAGAUAUGCGAGGAUUCAGCAGAGAUACUUGACUCGGGUGUACUCAAUCGGCCUCUAAACGUGAUGAUUCCGAAAUUCCUUCAAUAUUUCAGCCACAAUAGCCCGAAAAUACGUUCCCAUGCCAUAGCUUGUAUCAAUCAAUUCAUUGUGAACCGAUCACAGGCUCUGAUGCUACACAUCGACGCAUUCAUUGAAAGUUUAUUUAACCUAUCGUCUGAUGAAGAUCAUGAGGUAAGAAAGAAUGUAUGCCACGGGUUGGUGAUGCUGUUAGAAGUUCGUAUGGAUCGUUUGUUGCCGCAUAUGUCACAAAUUAUAGAGUAUAUGCUCAUACGCACCCAAGACCCCGAUCAAGGUGUAGCAUUAGAAGCGUCAGAAUUCUGGUUAUCUCUCGCUGAGCAGAGUAUUUGCAAAGAAGUGUUGGCGCCCUAUUUAGGGCAGCUAGCUCCAGUAUUAGUGCGUGGAAUGCGAUACUCUGAAAUUGAUAUUAUCCUGCUAAAAGGCAAUGUUGAGGAGGACGACAUGGUGCCUGACCGUGAGGAGGACAUACGUCCUCGAUUCCACAAAUCUCGUACGCACACCCUUAAAUCCGGCGAAAGCGGUGUUGAUGAUGAUGAUGAUGAUUUUGAUGAUGUGUUAGAUGAUGACAGUUCUCUAUCAGAAUGGAAUUUGAGGAAAUGUAGCGCCGCCGCACUGGACGUUUUAGCAAAUGUCUUUCGCGAAGAAUGUCUACCUAUUGUAUUGCCCAUUCUCAAGGAUACUCUGUUUCAUCAGGAGUGGGUUAUCAAAGAGAGUGGAGUGUUGGCACUGGGUGCUAUUGCCGAGGGCUGCAUGCAGGGUAUGAUUCCACAUCUACCCGAACUCAUACCCUAUUUGAUCAGUUGUUUGUCGGACAAGAAAGCAUUGGUUCGCUCUAUAACUUGCUGGACAUUAUCGCGCUAUGCUAACUGGGUAGUAAACCAACCACAUGAUCAAUAUUUGAAACCAUUAAUGGAAGAACUACUAAAACGCAUAUUAGAUUCUAAUAAGCGUGUUCAAGAGGCAGCUUGCUCCGCAUUCGCUACUCUGGAAGAAGAAGCUUGCACCGAAUUGGUGCCAUAUUUGGAGUAUAUAUUAAAAACUCUUGUAUUUGCUUUCUCAAAAUAUCAACAUAAAAAUUUGCUUAUACUGUAUGAUGCAGUUGGCACCCUAGCCGACUCUGUGGGUCACCAUCUCAACAAACCACAAUAUAUCGAUAUUUUGAUGCCUCCCCUAAUUGAAAAGUGGAAUUUGCUAAAGGAUGACGACAAAGACCUAUUUCCUCUUUUGGAAUGCCUGUCAAGCAUCGCAACAGCUUUACAGUCGGGAUUUUUACCAUACUGCGAUCCAGUUUAUCAGCGCUGCAUCUCACUUAUCGAGCAAACUCUGAAUCAAGACAUGGCAUGUAAAACUAAUCCUGGCUUCGAGCAUCCAGAUAAAGAGCGAAUGAUUGUUGCAUUAGACUUGUUAUCAGGCCUCGCAGAAGGUUUAGACGGACAUAUUGAAUCACUAGUCGCCAACAGCAAUAUUAUGCAAUUACUUUAUCAAUGUAUGCAAGAUGUAUUACCAGAGGUGCGACAAUCAUCGUUCGCAUUGUUGGGAGACUUAACUAAAGCUUGUUUUCAACAUGUACAUCCAUUCAUGUCGGAAUUCUUCCCGAUUUUGGGGCAAAAUUUGAAUCCUGAUUACAUUUCCGUAUGCAACAAUGCUACUUGGGCUAUUGGUGAAAUUUGCAUGAAGCUGGGCGAAGAAACUCGGCAGUACAUACAUCUUGUACUCAAUGAACUCUUCGUUAUAAUAAACAGACCGAACACUCCUAAAACACUGCUGGAAAAUACAGCAAUAACAAUCGGUCGUCUAGGUUAUGUGUGCCCAGUUGAAGUGGCUCCUUAUUUGCCAGAAUUUGUACGACAGUGGUGUACAUCUCUGCGUCAUAUAAGAGAUAAUGACGAAAAGGAUUCGGCUUUUCGCGGAAUGUGUCACAUGAUAACCGUAAAUCCAGGUGGCGUCGUGCCCGACUUUAUAUUCUUCUGCGAUGCUGUGGCUUCAUGGGUAAAUCCGCCACAAGAUUUGCAUCAAAUGAUUCAGAAGAUUCUACAUGGCUUCAAAACACAGGUAGGGGAAGAAAAUUGGCGUCGUUUUGUCGAUCAGUUCCCACAAAAUCUCUCGGAGCGCCUGGUUGCUAUGUACAACAUUUAAAGCAUCAAUAUUGCGCACUGGGGGAAUUAAAACUUGGGUGUAACGUUAAAGCUACUAUGAUAGUAGAAAGCGGGGGACAAAAGCAAAUCAAGUAGACAAAAGGAAAAAAUUAAAGUAAUAUGUUAAUCGGCAAACAAGCUUGGGAUCACUAUAGUCGCAUUGUCUAUCAAAAGGCAUCAUGAACGAACUCGUUUGAAAAACGUUUGCUUGUUAUUCAGCAACAAUAGUCCGAUUAAAAUAUAUCAGUCGUAAGUUCUUUAUCUCUAUGUAUGCAAAUGUGGAAAUUGAGGUGUUAAGGUACUAUUAUAAUUGUAUGAACUAACAGCCAUAAUCCGAAAUAUAUAUACAUUUCAACAAUAAAUACGUUGGAAAUAUAAGAGAAACGGAGAAAAAAGAAAACUUUUAAAUUUGAAGCAAAGAAUACAAGAAUACAAUAUUAAAGAGCUAUAAUUAAAUUUAUUAAUAUAAAUCUCAUUCUAAUCACAAUUAAUUGUAUAGGACACAAACAUUUUUUGAAGAACAAACAAUUUGUGAGCAUAACCAAUUUCAUAUGAAUACUAACAUUUACAUUCAUUAUUAUAGUAUUAUCCUUUUCCACAAUAUAAAUACAAAACCAACUCGUAAACUCCAUGGCGCAUAAUCAUAGUCGAAAGUAAGCCGGUUGUAUUUUUGUUAAACAGAGGUUUAAGGAAAACUUUAGUUUAUUUUAAUCGUAGUCGAAUUAGUACCUGGUUUUUAGCUUAAACCCGGGUUUAAAUUUAAACCCACCACAAGCAGGCUUUAAGGAAAUUAAAAUCAAAUUAAAUUUACGAAUGUCUGUGCAACUAAUACAAAUUUUUAAUUUUCAAGAUAUUCAAUAGAUUUUAAUAUAAACGAUGAAAGAUUGUUAAGAUACUCUAAUCCGUUUGAGUCGGAUGAAAUAGAUAAAAAAUAUAUAUAUAUAUAUAUAUAUCAAAAAUCAACACGAAUUUCGAGUUACUAUAUUAUGCCAAAAUUCAAUAGGAUAUGAAACUGCAUACUUAAAAUUUUUCUGAAAAUUCUUUUCAUGCUUAUAAAUUUUAUAGAAUGUAUGAAACUUUAAGUUAUACGGUAUACGGAUCUUCGGAUUUUUUAGUAGAGGAAAAUAUUUGAUGUAAAUAUAUAAAUAUACAUUUGUCAGAUCACAUUAGAAUAUCAUGGAUUUGUGUCAAAGCUGAUUCUUAAUAACAGAUAGUAUUAAAGUGACUAUGGUAGUAAAGAAAAUAAACCCCGUUCUAAAUAUUUAGUUUAACUAAACCUGAGUUCAACGCGCGACUAUGAUUAUGCUACCAUGUGAACAAAUCAUUCACAUAAACCACAAUCCAAUAAACAAAUUAAAAUUCCCAAAUUUAUUUGAUAUUGUAUUGUAAUUUAUAGGAAUGCUAUUCUCACGAUAAAGUUGUAUAUUUUAAGUACGAACUAUCAAUGACAUUUAAAUCCAUCAAAGCAUUGAAUCAUACUUAGAUGUACUUACUAAGGUAUCGUAAACAUUGAAAUUUAAUAUGCAAAGUUGUGUGUGCGUAUAUUUUACUUUAAAUUAUAUAAUUGCUUAUUACAAGGAACUUAUAAAUAGGCACAAACUAUACAACAAGAAUACAGGCUAGCCUUGACUAUUUUCAUAUUUUCUGUAUAAUGUUUUUGCUCUUUAUUAGUUGCGUUUUCUUAGGAUUUUAGAAUCUUUAUAUGCUUGAGAAUCAUAGCAAAAUAAUAUAGAUAUAUUUAUUAAUCGACUUAUAUAUUAUCCGUUCGUUUGUCCGGGUCAGCGUGUCGUCGCGUCGCGUAUCAUAUACAAAACACUGUCGUGAUAUACUUAAUUAUUAUAUAAUUACUAUUUAAAGCAUUAAAUGAAAGGGUUAAGCCAUUUGUGAAAAUUGAAUCUAAUGGAAAUAUGUAUAUCAAGAGCCUAAACCUGGUUUACAUUGAACAAAAGACUGAACACGAAAAUAACUUCGAAUUAAAAACAUUCGUACAUAUUUGAGCACUUUGAAACUUAUCAUCAUAAACGGUAUUUGCUGCUACUUCUCAACUCAUAUUAGCCAUCUUCAAAUGCAUUCUUGAUAAAUGUAAGUUUUUGUAGAUGUCGUCUGUUAUACCUGGGGUGUAACAAAUGUGCCGCUACAACACGCAUACACGCAGUGAAUGAUAGCGAUAUUACGUCGCAAUUGUGAUGGUUUCAUGUGCUCACAGGUUUAUAUUUUUGGAGAACUACUAUUUCAGAUAAAAAAGCUGUUAUAACUUGAGGCUCUUGCUAAGCUUUUCCUCAACCUAAAAAAACGACGAUCAAUAUUUCUAACAAUUUUUAAGUUAAUAUAUAUAAAGUACUCGUAUAUGGCAGAAAUAUAUUUAUAUAAUAUAAACAUUGAAAAAAAAAAUGCAAAUACGAACUAACAAUUAACAAUCUGAAUAUGGUGUAGUACAAGUUUAUUGAUUUUCAUUUAAUUUUUAUUUGAAUCAAAUAAGUCCAAAAGAAAUAUUUUUCGUUUAAAUUAUUAUUUUCGUUAAUAUACAAUAGGUUUUCACAAAUGUCUUUCAUACUCUUUCAACCGUAAUACAAAUUUUCGUCGCGCGCGUUUCGGGUUUUAUCGGUUUCGCGUUUCGCGUAAUAUUCGUCGUUCGUUCGUUCUGUAGUUCACUCGGUUACUAACUCUUCAUCCAGAGGGUAUGCACGUGCAUGCUCCAACUCGUCGGUCCGUCGCGUAUCGGUGUAGCAGUAAAUAAAAUUGGGCCCUAACAGGUAUGUUCAGUAAAUUCUACUAUUUGAAAUCGGUGCGACAUGCCACCAAAAAUAUUGUAAUUAAAGUACUAAAUUAAGAAGAAAAAAAAACGGCUGGAAACAUAAUUUACGUCAUAUCCAAUGAUUUAGUGCCAAAUUCUUGCAUGCUUGUUAAGAAAUCUCCGGGAUAGGUUUUGCAAAUCGCCGCUGAUUUCAAAUCGUACGAAUUGCGGAACAUGACUGUGAAAGACUUAACUAACGGUGCGCAUUAAAAAAAUGCAUGUAUGAAUAAAAACAUAUAACUAAAAUAAUGAAAUAUAUAAUGGCAAUAGUAUUAUUACAAAUAUUUUAUUUAGUUUAUUUAGUAAAUUUAUUAGUUGUGAAAUAUUAUUAAAUCGAAUCCAGUUAUAACUUAUUUUUGUUUACAUUAAAUUAUUAUAAGUUAUAACUCAAACUUAAUUCGCAAUCUUCAAUUUUUUUAUCAAAUUUUCUAUUAUUUUUUAUUUUGUUUUAUAACAGAAAAUUGUUUUAAUAACUUCUUUCUUAUUCGUUUUUUUUUUUUAACUGCACUUGUUUUAACUUAACUCUCUAGUGAAGAAAUGUAAUAAUUCUUAAAUUGAAAAAAUAUCAACCUACCUGUUAAAUGUACAUUACAAAAUUUAUCUUUUGAAGACUUUUUAGUGAUUAGAUUUUUAUGGGUAUAUUAACUUAAAACUCAAAUGCAAACAGACUUAAAUAUAUACAUAUAUUUGUUGUGGAAUCAAAGUUAACGGAAUAACUGCACCAUGUAAAACAUAAAACUAAAACAGUGUAAUAUAAAAUCUAAUAAAUAGUAUCGUUUGAAAAAGGGGAUAAAAAUAUAAAUAAAAAUCUAAUAAGUCGCGUGAUAAAUCACUACUCGUUCGUCGUACGGUAAUCAAUCGGUCGGUGUAUUCAUUCGUUCGUGGUCGCUUGCGUUGUCGCGUUAAUACGUAUAUUAUUCGCUGAUAUUUAUGGAUCUUCGCCCCGGAUUCCAAUUCAAAUAAAUGCCUAUUAUAAUAAAACAAAAUUGGUAAAUAAACUGGCUAAACAGAUUGUCUUUUUCGUCAAAAGAAGUAAAAGAAUGGAUAAUAAUUGUAACGGCAAAUCCAAAAACAAACCAAAAAUUGCAUUAUAUUCAAUGGUCAACCUAUUUUUUAUGUGAAAUUUAACAAUAUGAAAUCAAAUUGUGCCAAACUAUUUAUAAGCAUAUGUAAAAUGUGUAUGAUAAAAAAAUAAUAAUUUGUGAGUUUUGAUUUUAAAAUAUUUCACAAAUAUUAUAUUGUCACCAAAAGGUGGUUUUGCUUAACAAUGAAAAAUAACUUUUCUUAGCUAUAUUUUUUUAGUGUGGUUUCAAUAUUUCCUUGGUAGACCACUAAUGGACGACAUGAUAAUGGAGAUUUUGCCUCUGAAGCAAUAUAAAAUAUUCUUCACAUGCCUGGCUACGUUUCGACUAAUUCGUGUAGUGAAAUCAGUGUAUGAUGAAAAAAAAAAUUAAUAAAAUCUCAUCUCUUUUCCUCUCUAUUACUUACCAUUUCAUUAUUUAUUUCGAAAGAAUUCAUGCUGCUACUUCUUUUGCCGGAGAAUUAAUUAUCUUUAGAAUACAAAACGAAAUUUUUGGGCAUUUAAUUUUGAUGACAAUAGAAAUUACAUAAAUUGCACAAAAACACCAACUACAGUUUGGAAAUUUACAAUUUUACAGAGUCUGGGUUCAAAACAAAUUAUUAAAUAAAUUAAGAUUACUAUACAGGAAUGUCUCAAACUCAUUAGUGACGAUAAAAACAUCUAGUAAAAGUAUUAAAAAUUAAAUGUACCAAAAAUACUAACUAAUGCUAAAACAAACAACUACUAAUUCUAAUCGUAAAAAAUAUAAUAUAUAAUAAAAACAACGGAAAUAAUCGUGAUUUCGUAUGUACCUAAGCCAAAUUCAUCGCGGAAUUUGGUCGCGUUCGCGUAUAUAUCUCGGGUGAUUUUAACUUAACGUAUAAGUAAAAUAAAAAAAUUAAUAUAAAUAUUAAUUAAAAUAAUAGGAUUAUUUGAAUACAAAAAUCUUAAAAGAGAAAUGCAAAAAAAAAAACAAAAUGGAUGGAAUUAAUAAGAAAAAACUUCAACAAAUUCAAGCGAUUAGGGAAAUUUUCAAUUUUAGGUACUCUUAUAUUCAAGGUAUUUAUUUUAUGUAUUAUUAUUAAAGAAUGAAAAAAGAAUGGAAAAUUUUGCCUAUAUACAUAUGUAUGUAUAUGUUGUAGAGACUCAAUAGAUUUAUAAAACAGCCCCUUUAAUUUUUUUAUGUUUUGUUUAACAACACCUUAUUUUCAAUAAGCAAAUACACAGCAAGGCUGCAAAAACCCGAACACAAAUAAAGAGUAAAUAAAAAAAAACAUUAGAGACCGAUACAUUUUCGUUCUUACUCAACAUCUCGACAUUCAAACUGUAAAACUAAAA